AUGGAUUUGUUCGAACUUACUGAUGAAAUUAAAGAUUACACAAACUAUAGAUACGUCCUAUCAAUAAUUGACCACUUUUCAAAAUAUACCUGAGCAUAUCCUAUUGCAUCAAAAACUGCAGAACUAGUUUUGAAUAAUGUAGAGCAUCUUCUUAAUAGUUUGCCUAAACUCCCUGAUAUUAUUCAGACAGAUAAUGGAUCUGAAUUUGCGAAUAAGUCUCUGGAAACCUUUUGUGAAAGAUUUCAAAUAAGAGUAAUACAUAGCUCAUCUUAUAAUCCACGAGCUCAAGGCACAGCAGAAAAUAUUAAUAAAUACUUACACAGAUAUCUCUGAAGAAAUUUUAAACAGCAAAACAGCCAACAAGACUGAAAAAUCCAUUCAAGUUUAUUCAGCAUAUUGAACUUUUAUAAUAAAGAAAGAAGGCAUACAAUCACUGGGUUUAAACCUCAUGAAGUUUUUUUCGCAACAGAUCAAUCCUUAUUCGUUAGAGUUAAAGAAAAUGUCGAAAAUAAAAAAAGCAAAAGUACGAAGCUACACAAAAACUUUUCUCUCGAGGAGAUAAAAUUGUAUUCCACAAUCGAGUUCAAAAUAUAA